CGAACCACUUCACCACCAUUUUCUCACGGUGGUCUCCCCCCUCCGCCACCGCCACCUCCACCUCCACCUCCGCCUUACUCACGGCAUCAAUUGUAAGCAUGUGAACGACCUUCCUCCUUCUUAGCUACUUUUGAAUUUCAAAAUUGUUAGUUUUUUGGGCAAUAGCGAAUAGUUGUUGGAAAGUAAACCAGAAGAAAGAACCCUACUUUAUCUGGGAUUAAUCUAUUUCAAUUUCUCCCGUAGUCUUAGAAAUUGGUGUCGGUCUUAGUAGAACUAGCAUCCUCCACCUCAUCCUCGUCCCUUCCGAAGCGGACAGCCGAACAAGAGGAGAGGUUGAGGUCUACUUGAUUUAGUGGAGGGCUUUGGUUGUUAAGCCUGAUAUAUAGAGGGUGCUUGUUUGAUUAUAUUUCAAGAUACACAGAAGUCUAACUUGCAGACACUAAACCUUUUAGGCUGCGUACUGAGUUUUCCCUGUAGAUUUCAUGGGGGCCGGGGAAGAGAGCUCACCUGCUAAGCAUUCCAAACCUGCUUCAACUCAGGAAGCACCUCCACCCUCAUAUGCCGAUUGGUCAAACUCAAUGCAGGCUUAUUAUAAUGCUGGAGGUACUCCACCCUUUUUUGCCUCAACUGUUGCUUCUCCGACUCCUCAUCCCUACAUAUGGGGAGGCCAGCAUCCUAUGAUGUCACCAUAUGGGACUCCGGUUCCAUACCCUGCUCUAUAUCCACCAGCAGGAGUUUAUGCUCAUCCUAGUAUGCCUAUGACACCAAGUACUGCACCACCAAAUGCAGAAAUGGAAGCGAAGGCCUACGAAGGCAAGGAAAGGGCUGCAAAUAAGAAGUCCAAGGGAACUUCAGGAAAUGGCAAUGCUGUUGGUGUUAGAACUGGAGAGAGUGGGAAGGCAGCAUCAAGUUCAGGGAAUGAUGGUGCCACCCAAAGCGCUGAAAGCGGAAGUGAUGGUUCAUCAGAUGGAAGUGAAGAAAAUGACCAACAUGAAUACUCUGGAGGCAAGAAAGGAAGCUUCAAUCAAAUGCUUGCAGAUGCCAAUGCACAGAAUAACAAUUCUGGGGCCAAUAUUCAGACGUCAGUACCUGGGAACCCUUUAGUUUCUAUGCCUGGUACCAAUCUUAAUAUGGGGAUGGACUUGUGGAAUCCAUCUACUGGAAGUGGAACUAUGAAAAUUCGAUCAAAUCCUUCUGGUGUGUCUCGAACAGCAGUGCCACCACCAAUGACGGGACGGGAAGGAAUGAUGCCUGAUCAGUGGGUUCAGCAGGAUGAGCGUGAACUGAAGAGACAAAAGAGGAAGCAGUCUAAUCGAGAGUCAGCUAGGAGAUCAAGGUUGCGCAAGCAGGCCGAGUGUGAAGAGCUACAGGCAAGAGUAGAGGCACUAAGCAACGAGAAUCAUUCACUCAGAGAUGAGCUGCAAAGGCUGUCGGAGGAAUGCGAGAAGCUUACUGCUGAAAAUAAUUCGAUAAAGGAUGACUUAACUAGGUUUUGUGGGCCCGAGGCAGUGUCGAAACUCGAUGCACAUCUUCAAUCUCGUGCAGACGAAGGUAACAGUUAAGAAAUGCAAUAAUAGCGAAACAAGUUAGUGAUUAAUUUUUAAAAAGUGUUAUAAAAUUAGGACAAAGUCUUUUUCGAGUUUUGGGUUUAGGAUCGAUCGGUCACAGGAACUCAGAAUGUUGUUGUGGCUCACCUAUUCUGUGUUUUCUUUUUUCACAUACUUGUAACUCUUUACUUACCCAGUGCAACUGUUUUCAUGUCUUUCCUUACUUUAAAUAUACAAAGACCUCUGCUUGUUGUAGAAUUGGAGGUAAAUAUUGAGUUAUGUGGUUGAAAUUUGAAUGUUGUCUUUUUUAU